CAAAAAUUAAAGUUCUGCGUAUAGAGGCCGUGGGAGAAUGGUCGAUCCAGAAUGGAUAGACAUUCAAGUUGUCCGAGACUGGAUAUUCACAUUUGACCACCAGCAUGAUCAGAGCUGUCGAUGCGCCUACGGCACCACAAGAAUCACCCAGCAUCGUCCAAAUCUGCCCAUUGAUACUUGGGGCAAAUGCCUGACGAAAGCUGCAUCCGAGGAGUCUUACAUGGCCCUUAGCCAUGGAUGGGGCAGUACACCAAAUCUGACCACAAUUCAAGCUAAUGUGGAACUCUUUCAGCAGCCUGGCAACCUGGACCGCGAAGAAAUUGCCUGGCAAAUUCCGACUUGUAUUCGAGAUGCGAUCGCCUUUACGGAACUCUUGAACGAACGCAACCUCUGGGUAGACUCUCUGUAUUGUACUGUACAAGACGAGGAGAAAAUCUCCCCCAUCGCGAAAUUAUAAGGACGGCUUCGAUAUAUGCAAACGCGGUGCUCACAAUUGUUGCUGCUAAUGAGAAGACGCCAAUUACGGCCUGCGAGGCAUUAAAGUGGUAUUAUUUCCAAGAAGGC